ACAAACCAAAAGCAACAUCUAUUGUCUACAACUGGAACAACAAAACCUAAUACCAAAUUACAGUAUGAUAACACAAUCAACACCAGCUUGGAGCAACUGUCAAACCUCUCCAAAGCUCUUUUAGCGUCCCCAAUUGUCCCAAAUCUGAAGCUUAAUCGGCCUGCCGUCGAUGGUAACCAUUCGAGCCCCAAAUUCAACUCCGAUUGUGAGAUCAUGCACCGGCUGGAACCUCUUGUCGGUGAAUUGAAGAAGCAAACACGAUUUUCCCACACCUACAGAAAGCGAUUGAGGAUUGCAAAAGGUCAAAUGGUUCAGGAAGGAGGGGACUCCGUUACCUGUGUCGCCGAUGAUUAUGUACUUGAA